GCCCGAGCUGUAGUUUCCACGUGGUAUAUGGUGGUAUAUGGUUGAGCACUUUCUACAGCAGCAGGCCUGGCUUUACGGCAAACAACCUGCUGACACUAUCGUGCAGGGGUGGAGGAAGGCUUGUGCUGCCCCGGGAAUAGAUAUCGUCAUACCCGGCGCUGUGGUGUAGUCAUCUCCGAACUGGUUUGCUUGGGAGCCCAAUAUCCUCUCAUUAGAGACCGGCGACUCCACCGCCCUCAUGGCGUUACCAGCCGGUCUGGAUCCGUAUUUAUCGCCGCCGCCGUCGUCCCAUCUUUCAAAUUUGAGGAUGCAAAACCAGCGCGGCAUAAGGGGCUCCGCCACCAUGUCCCCGUCAUCACCGUCCUCGCCAGGCCAAACUUUGCAAUCAUAAUCGCCGUCAUCGCCGCCAUGGCCUCCUUCAGCGGCCUCUCGACGGAGCUCCUCGUCGCCGUCUUCGGCGCGCUCAACCCGCCCGACCAGGCGCGGCUCAGCAGCGCCUGCCGCCGCCUGCGCGACGUCGGGCUGCACCAAGCCUUCAUUUUCAAGUCGCUGUCGCUGACAUGGGCGAGGACCCACGUGUCCGACUCGGCGCUUCUGGUGGUCCGCAAGUACGGCGCUAUGGUCCGGGAGCUGAUUUUCUUCGUCGACCCCCCCUUUUAUCCCGACGGCGGCGGCGACGGCAGGGACAAGACUGCGCCUCCGUUGCCGGCCAGUUUCGUCGCCCUGCUCACCGGCCGCGACGAGUCGGGCGCCGCUCUGCCGCUGUCGCACCUCGACCGCAUCGUGCUCGAAUUCCCCUCCACCUUCGAGGUAAAACCCAAGGACGGGGGGAAACGUGCAUACGGGCAAGGCAAGUGCCUGUAUUUUGACUGCUACGGCCACGAGGCGCCAGUCAUUCGCAACAAUGCCCUCGUCGACACGGUCAUGGAGGCGCUGGCGAGGCGAGGCGACGCCGCUGCAACGACGAAACCGAUCACGAGCCUCAAACUCGCAAAUUUUCCGCCCCGCGAGUGCCCUUCCCUGUCCACGGACGAGUGGCGGCGCUUCCUGUCCCGAAUGCAAGAUUUCGACUUGUCCUUGUAUGGCGACGGGGUCGAGCCCGAUAAGCUCUUUGUAACCAACAACCAGGUGGCCUACCUGAACCUCAGGGACAGGCUCGGGGACUUGAUACUCAACCGUCUCCCCCAGGCCCGGCGCCUUCGAUUCUACGGAUCGCAAUACGCACCUCUUGGUGCGCACUUUGAGCGGACUGAAGACCUGCCCUGGGAUCCCACGACGGCGCCCUUGCUCCAAGAGCUGGAGCUCGGUUAUAUAUUUGUCGGGAGUGAACUGGCUUCGUUGCUCCAAAAGCCCGGCAAGAAUGCCGCAAGGCGGCCGCUCUCCGUCACCUUGGCCAACGCCGAUGCCCACGGUAGCCCCGAUUGGGAGGACGAGACGGAAUGCAUCACUUGGGCCCGAUUUUUCGACGUGCUCGUGGAGCAAGGGGCGCGCUUUUCCGUCUUUAACGUCACGCCCACGCGGACAGGGUUUGACGACUACGAGGAAAGCGAUUGGCAGACUGUCGAGAACCCGACGCCCACCGAAGACGCUAUCGCUUGCAGGGAAAAGCUCGCCGCGAAUCCCGGAUUGUCCGUUUUCACUUAUGGUCGUGUAACAGACAAGUACGCCGACUGGUGGCCUGAUUUGGAGGAAACCAUGCAGUCAUUCCUCGCGGGCCAUGAUCAGGCUGCCUACGAGCGGUUCAUGGAGGAGGCGGUUAAGAAUCGGCACGAGUAGAAUCCUUAAGUAGCUGGUUGUCCCUUGAAAUGGGGAACGUCGGGGGAACUUGUCUCAAACCUGCGUCUUUCUUUUCUUCUUUGCCUUCUUCCUGCCCUGCAUCGCUUUUUGCCGUAGCUGGCUGGCGACCCGGCUUUUGCUAGCCAGUCCUCCCCUUACUGGUUUGACUAGGGGAGAGCGGACGGGAUCCCGUAUAUUCCAGUGGGUAUGGUCGUAUG